ACCACAUCAUCUACAAUCAUGAUGCCACCUACAGCAUUCCCUCUUCCCCAUAUUCACCUCCUCUGCAUGGACGAGAAAUAUAUCCGUGCCUUCGAAUCUGCCUUAUCGACAACCACCACAUCUUCCCAAUUUCCUAAGAUAACCUUCCACAACUGUUCUCUCUCUUAUAUUUCCCCGGACAUUCAAUUCGAUGUGAUCGUCUCCCCAGCCAACUCCUACGGCCGGCUGGACGGUGGCUUCGACGACGCCAUCUCACGUGCCUUCUCCCCAACGACAGACUACCUCGCCUUGACCCGCCACACGCAAGGGAUCCUCUAUCGCGAUUAUCGGGGCUACCUGCCUCCGGGAUCAUGUACGCUCAUCUCUAUUCCGGAGGAGUUUGACCCUCUAUCAAAGAACGUUUGGGGAACAAGGUACUUGGCGCUCUGUCCGACCAUGAGAGUGCCGCAGAAUGUGCGCUGGGAUCGGGAGAUCGUGUACGAGUGUGUCUGGAGCUUGUUGUGCGCUGUCGACAGACAUAACGGUGAUGUUGAGAGGACAGCAGGCGGGGUAACGAGGAUUGAUAGUCUCUUGAUGACCCCGUUUGCAACGGGGUGUGGGCUUGUCUCGCCUGAAAAGUGGGCCAGACAGAUGAUCCUCGCGCUGAAUCAUUACGUCGAUGCGGUGCAGAAUCCGGAGAAGUGGUCCAGUCUGGAUCUGGGUCAGGCUAUGGUGUAUUCGAGUGAGGUGGCGAGGACUUGGGAGUUAUAAAGGGGUGUUGGGAGGUGUAUAUCUGACACCUGAGAAGGCGAUGGGUGAUGAAGAUGAGGAAGAUACAUUAUGUUUGAAAAGAAAUAUAUUCGCACUCAGUUUGGGGCGUGUAACUGGAGACAAGAUUUGACGAGAGGAAACUAAAUAAGAACAUGAUGAGACAGACUAAUUGUGUGUGUGAAGAUGGGGUGUUCACACUUCGUUG